CUACGAAAGGAAGAAACCGAUCAAGCGAACGAGGAACGGAAUGCCAUCGGCCGCAACGCAAUCGAAGUGGAUAACUCGGGGGACCGAGGGAGAAGAAAAGGACGGCGGAGGCAGGGCCCCAACUUUUCCGCCAAAGUGGGACCCGGCGGACAGUGAGGGGGCGUGGCGAUGGUAGUCGCGAGGGAAGCGGUCUCCUGUACGUCAUUCCCGUCGCCGAUGCGAGAUCUGACCCUUUGGGAGGGCUCCGAUUUCUUCCUCUCGUCCGAUGGGCGGUGGAAAAGGAAGUGGAACGAGGUAAAAAGGAUUAUCUAAGGUCGUUGCCGUGAUUCUGUGUCCAAUCCUCACCUCUUCUUUACCUUUGGCGUCAUUCUGGAAAAGAAAGCGAGGACCUUUGUUGCUUCUGCCUCCCAUUUCGCAAGGACUACCAGGGAGGAUUUAACAAGGAACAAAGUUGUGUAAGAGGAAGAAGGUGGAGAUGGGGAGAAAAGGAAAGUGGUUUGGAGCUGUCAAGAAAACCUUCACCCCCCACUGCUGUCAAGGAAAUCCAAAGGUUCAGGAGUCCAAGCUGAUAGAGAAAGGGGACGAACAGAGGAAGCAUGCCGACUCAUCAGCACUUGCCAGUGCUGCUGAUGCUGAAGCUGAAGCUGCAGCUGCAGCUAUCACCGCUCAGGCUGCAGCAGAGGUCGCUGUCUCUCACCUUGCCACUUCUGCAACUAGGCACAUAGGUGAAUCAAGAGAAGAGAUUGCAGCCGUCAAGAUCCAGACUGCUUACCGAGGAUAUCAGGCAAGAAGAAAAUUGAGAACUUUGAGGGGACUGGUUAGGUUGAAGAGAAUGCUUGAUGGAAAUGCUGUCAAAUCUCAAACUACCAACACAUUGAAAUGCAUGCAAACGUUGGCUCGACUGCAGACGGUCAUACAUUCAAGGCGGGUGAGAAUGAUUGAGGAAAACCAGGCUCUUCAGAGGCAUCUGCAACGCAAGCACGGAAAGGAACUAGAGAAUGUAAAGAUUAGCGAGCAAUGGGAGGUAAGUCUUCAGUCCAAAGAGAAAUUCGAAGCGAACCUCUUGAAUAAACAGGAUGCUGCCAUCAGAAGAGAACGAGCACUAGCUUAUGCAUUUACACAUCAGUCAAGGAGCACUUCCAGAUCCAUAGUUCCAACAUUCACUGACCCAAGCAAUCCACAAUGGGGUUGGAGCUGGUUGGAACGCCUGACGGCCACAAAGCCAUGGGAGAAACAAAGCACAAAGGAAACUAAGGAUCAUGCUUCCAUGAAGAGCAAUAGCUGCACACCAUCUGCAGCUUGGAAAUCAAGGCGGCAGCAAUCACCUACAGUAGUGUACUCCAGGACACCAUCCGCCAUGAGCAGAAAGAAAUCAGAGAGCCCGAGAGGUCGUCGGGGCUCCAUCGAUUGUGACUCCAGGAGCACGUUCAGUGUCCAAUCCGAACGACCAAGGAGGCGUAGCAUUGCAGGAUCAUCAAUCAGAGAUGAUGAAAGCCUAGUGAGCUCAUUCACCCAUCCCAACUACAUGGCAUCUACGGUGUCGUCUAGAGCCAAAUCGCGGUCUCCCAGCCCAGCGUGCAAUAAGGUUCAAACUCCUGAGAAGGGAUGGGCUCGCACGGCUAAGAGACACCUCUCCUUUUCGUCAGUCGACUACAACAGCAGCACGUAUGCUGCAAACGCUAGGCGCCUCUCAGGGCCUCCAGAUGUAGGCAUUUCACCGUUGAAGGAUGAAGCUGCCGCUGGCGAAGAACAAGUAACAACCAGUAUGAGCAUGAACUAGCAAUCAAAGAGGCAGUUGGCGAUGUGCUUGAAUAAAACUUAGCUACGAAUUUUGUGUGGUUUGUGAGUUGUUUGUUGUGGCUUGUUUGCUGCGUUUGUGUGUUUGUUUGUUUAUGUUUGUGGAGUGUGCUUGAUCUUUGCGUCUCUUUCAUAGCUAACCUUCCAUGACCCUCAAGAGAAUAAAAACAAGAAACGUUGUUAAUUUAAAUCUUUCCCCUAACAGCCAUUUAGUCUUGCUAAAAUUCUUUUAUUAAUUAAA